AUGAUAGUUGGCACGGUGAAAAUCCCGACCUAUCUUGCCAGAGUUGCGAAGAUCAUCCAGUUCCUCAUCCUCAACAAAUUGGCAAUCUACAACGCCAUCCUCGAUACACCUUGGCUCCACGCAAUGAAAGCAGUUGCCUCCACAUACCACCAGUGCCUCAAAUUCCCAACUCCAUACGGCAUUUACACCCUCCGAGGCAACCAAGCCAUCGCCCGAUCGUGCUACAUCAAUAAGUGCAAGCUUCGCUCAGCCAAUCAAGCUUGCGUCAUCAGCUCGCAGGGCCCGACCGCCGACCUCAUUGUCCAAAAAACGAAGCCUAAGCAGGAAACCAUCACCCAAGUCUGCAUCGAUGAGCUGCGACCAAAACGCCAGAUCAGUAUCGGCGCCGAGCUCGACCCAAAGAUCCCUGACACCCUCGUUCAUUUCCUGAAGCAACACUCAUCCACUUUCGCAUGGUCAAUUGAGGACCGAUCGAUCCACAGAUCGCCUGUCACGAGCUCAACAUCGACCCGACUUACAAACCGAUCAAACAGAAGUGCCGAAAACUUGGACCAGAAAAGGCACAAGCCGUUGAUGAGGUUAACGAUUACUAAAGGCAGGCUCAAUCACAAAGGUCAAAUACCCCGACUGAGUUGGAAAACCCCAUGGUCAUUAAAAAGAAGAACGGCAAAUAAAGAAUUUAUGUCGACUUCACCGACCUCAAUAAAGCGUGCCCCAAAGACAGUUUCCCUUUGGAUCGAUCGCCUUGUCGAAGCAACCGCUGGGAACGAACUCCUCUCCUUCAUGGAUGCAUUCUUUGGAUACAACCAGAUCCUCAUGCACCCCCAAGACCAGGAGAAAACGUCAUUUAUCACAGAUCACGACAUAUACUGCUAUAAAGUUAUGCCCUUCGGCUUGAAGAACGCAGGCGCAACGUACCAACGUCUAGUCAACCGAAUGUUCGCAAGCCAACUCGGCCGGACCAUGGAAGUCUAUAUCAACGAUAUGCUCGUCAAGUCACUUGUCGCCACUGAUAACGUCGGCCACCUCCGUACCUGUUUCGAUAUUCGCGAUGGAAGGAAGUUUAACCCCACCAAGUGCACCUUCGGCGUAACAUCGGGCGAAUUCCUUGGGUACAUCGUCACUCAACGAGGCAUCGAAGCUAAUCCAAAGCAGAUCGCAUCUAUACUCGAACUCCCGUCUCCAACAACCAAACGUGAAGUUCAACGGCUAACUGGACGUAUUGCGGUACUCAAUCGAUUUAUAUCCCGAUCAACGGACAAGUGCUUACUGUUCUACACCCUCAUCCGUGGAAAUAAGCACUUAGAGUGGAACCAAAAGUGCGAGGAAGCUUUUACCAAAAUCAAAAAGUACCUGUCAACUCCCCCAGUCCUAUCCAAGCCCGAGACCGGCGAGACGCUUUACCUUUAUAUUGCGAUCUCAGAAUAUGCCGUCAGCAGCGUACUCGUUCGAGAAGACAGAGGCGAGCAGAAGCCAAUCUUCUACAUCAGCAAGUCCCUUCACGGCUCAGAAUAUCGAUAUCCCACCUUGGAGAAAUUCGCCUUCACCGUGGUUAUCUCAGCACGAAAGCUACGCCCUUACUUCCAGUCACACGCCAUCGUCGUGUUGACCGACCAUCCACUUCGCACCUUCCUCCACGGCCCAAACCAGUCGGAGCUCGUGGAAGCGAAUCCGGCUAUACAACCAUGGAUACUCCACACCGACGGCUCUUCUCCCCAUAAGGGAUCUGGCAUCGGCAUUCGCCUCAAAUCCCCCAAUGGCGAAAUCCUCGAACAAUCAUUUCAUCUCGGCUUCCCCGCAUCAAACAACGAGGCCAAGUACGAAGCAGUUAUUGUCGGGUUACGCCUCGCCAAAAUAAUCGGCAUCGAACAUAUCCAUGCCUACUGCGACUCUCAAAUGGAUGCAUACCUAAAAAUCCUCAAAGACCUUGCUUCAGAAUUCUCGACCUUCGAACUCACAAAGAUACCGCGGGACGAGAACGCCUCUGCUGAUGCUCUGGCUGCUCUCGCAACUAACUCUGAUCCCGACCUCCGGCGAACAAUUCCAGUUGAGGCAAUCGAGCGACCUAGUAUCGAACUUGCUCCCAACAACGAGUCCAAUCCAGACAAUGAGUCUGAAGGACAACACGUCCCACUCGACAUCGAAGCUGAGGGCGAUGACGAGCCAGAGGUCUGGACUUUGGAAAUCGUUGGAUAUAUUGGCAAUGGAACGGUCCUUACAGACAAAUGGGCAGCUCGGCGGCUUAAGGCUCGAGCAGCUUGA